GUUGGCACAGAGAUCUACCUGUGCGGUAUUCAUUGUGCUUGCUUCCGAGCCGCGCCGUGACUGUCGGCGCAUGCGCACUUUGUUUGCAGCGGUGACUAGACAUUCGGUCAUCGGAGCUGCGGCGGCGGUACCGGAGUAGGAGGAGGAGGCGAGGCCGUGGAAGUGGAGGCGAACUGUGGCGGGGGGUGGCGCUCGAGCCAGAUCGGUGAAACAUAAUCAUCAUCGCUCGACUGCGAACACGGAAACCACCGCAAUGUCCACCCCAGACCCCCCACUGGGAGGCAACCCCCGUCCGGGUCCGUCCCCCGGUCCAGGUCCCUCCCCUGGGGCAAUGUUGGGCCCCAGCCCGGGUCCUUCCCCAGGCUCUGCUCACAGCAUGAUGGGGCCCAGUCCUGGUCCCCCUUCCUCUGGACUCUCCCAGCCAGGCCCUUCUGGCUACAACCAGGACACCAUGCACCCCCUGCAUAAAUCCAUGGAGGGCAUGCAUGACAAGAGCAUGAACGAGGAGAGUCGCUUCAGUCAAAUGAAAGGGCUGUCAGUGAGGCCGGGCGGGCACGCCGGUAUGGGUCCCCCACCCAGUCCUUUGGACCAACAUUCACAAGGUUAUCACUCUCCAUUAGGUGGUUCCGAUCAUUCUAGUCCGGUACCAUCCAACGGUCCUCCAUCUGGACCUCUACUUCCAUCCUCCUCCUCAUCUUCCUCCUCCAUCGGCGCUCCCCCCGCCUCCACGCCUUUGGAAGGCCCCGGUAGCGACCAGCACUCCCUGGGCCCAGGCAGCCGCUCAGGACCACUCGGCGCUUCAGGGCCAGGACCCAGUCCCGGGCCGAGCUUAAGCGCCACUGUCCCCACCCUUAUGUCAGGCCUUGAAUCCGGUGGUCUUUCAGGACCCGGGGGCCCCACCCCUUUUAACCAGAGCCAGCUGCACCAACUCAGAGCUCAGAUCAUGGCCUAUAAGAUGCUUGCCCGAGGUCAGCCCCUGCCGGACCACCUCCAGAUGGCUGUGCAAGGGAAAAGACCGAUGCCUGGUAUGCAACAGCCCAUGUCGAGCUUGACUACAGGAGCCGCGCCACCAGGACCAAUGAGUUCAGGCUACAGUCGCGCUCACGGAAUGAUGGGCCCCAAUAUGCCUCCGCCAGGUCCAUCAGGCCCAGCAGUCGGAAUGCAAGGACAAAACCACAAUGGACCUCCCAAGUCCUGGCCUGAAGGCCCGUUGGUGAAUGCAGCAGCACCGUCCAGCGCUCCCCAAAAGCUAAUUCCGCCUCAACCGACGGGACGACCCUCACCCGCUCCCCCUUCGGUGCCCCCCGCCGCCUCCCCCAUCAUGCCUCCGCAGACGCAGUCCCCCGGGCAGCCGGCGCAGCCUCCUCCCAUGAUGCCUUACCACAGCAAGCAGAGCCGAAUCACCCCCAUCCAGAAGCCCUGCGGCCUGGACCCCGUGGAGAUCCUGCAGGAGAGGGAGUACAGGUUGCAGGCUCGCAUCACACAUCGUAUCGCUGAGUUGGAGAAUUUGCCCGGCUCUCUGGCUGGAGAUUUACGAACCAAAGCUACCAUCGAACUCAAAGCGCUUCGACUGCUUAACUUCCAGAGACAGCUACGACAGGAAGUGGUGGUGUGCAUGCGUCGCGACACGGCUCUGGAAACGGCGCUGGAUUCCAAGGCCUACAAACGCAGCAAACGCCAAAGCCUGAGAGAAGCUCGCAUCACAGAGAAACUGGAGAAACAGCAGAAGAUCGAACAAGAGCGUAAGCGCAGGCAGAAGCAUCAGGAGUAUCUCAACAGUAUCCUUCAACAUGCCAAAGACUUCAAGGAGUAUCAUCGUUCCAUCACGGGCAAAAUGCAAAAGUUGACCAAAGCUGUGGGUACCUAUCACGCCAACACUGAGAGGGAGCAGAAGAAAGAGAACGAGCGCAUUGAGAAAGAGCGAAUGAGGAGACUCAUGGCUGAAGACGAGGAGGGCUACCGUAAACUGAUCGACCAGAAGAAGGACAAGCGUCUGGCCUACCUUCUGCAGCAGACGGACGAAUAUGUGGCCAACCUCACCGAGCUGGUCCGUGCGCACAAGGCUGCGCAGGCCCUCAAGGAGAAGAAGAAGAAGAAGAAAAAGAAGAAGAAGAAGUUGGAGAGUCCAGAGGGACAGACUCCAGCUUUGGGGCCUGAUGGAGAGCCUCUGGAUGAGACCAGUCAGAUGAGUGACCUUCCUGUGAAGGUCAUCCACGUGGACAGCGGCAACAUCUUGACCGGGGUGGACGCUCCGAAGGCGGGGCAGUUGGAGACGUGGCUCGAGAUGAACCCUGGUUAUGAGGUUGCGCCACGCUCUGAUAGUGAAGACAGCGAGGAUGAAGAGGAGGAAGAAGAGGAGGAGGAGGAGCACCAGCCUUCAACUGCACCAACAGAAGAAAAGAAGAAGAUAAGCGACCCUGACAGCGAGGACGUGUCAGAGGUGGACGUGCGACACAUCAUCGAGAAUGCUAAACAGGAUGUGGAUGAUGAGUACAGUGGAGCAGCCUUUGCGCGAGGACUUCAGUCUUACUACGCCGUGGCUCAUGCAGUCACAGAGAAGGUGGAAAAGCAGUCCACUUUAUUGAUAAACGGACAGCUCAAACAGUAUCAGAUCAAAGGUCUCGAGUGGCUGGUGUCGCUGUACAACAACAACCUGAACGGCAUCCUGGCUGAUGAAAUGGGCUUGGGCAAAACUAUCCAGACAAUAGCGCUCAUCACGUACCUCAUGGAGCACAAGCGGCUCAACGGACCCUACCUCAUCAUCGUGCCCCUCUCGACUCUUUCUAACUGGGUGUACGAGUUUGACAAGUGGGCACCUACAGUUGUGAAAGUAUCCUAUAAGGGUUCUCCGGCUGCCCGAAGAGCUUUUGUCCCUCAGUUGCGCAGCGGCAAAUUUAAUGUGCUCCUCACCACUUACGAGUACAUCAUUAAGGACAAGCAAGUCCUGGCUAAGAUCCGUUGGAAAUAUAUGAUCGUGGACGAAGGCCACCGAAUGAAGAACCACCACUGUAAGCUGACCCAGGUGCUGAACACGCACUACCUGGCGCCGAGGCGGGUGCUGCUGACCGGCACGCCGCUCCAAAACAAGCUCCCUGAACUCUGGGCGCUGCUCAAUUUCCUCCUGCCCACCAUCUUCAAGAGCUGUAGCACCUUUGAACAGUGGUUCAAUGCCCCUUUUGCGAUGACCGGAGAGAAAGUGGAUCUCAAUGAAGAGGAGACCAUCUUGAUCAUCCGUCGUCUUCACAAAGUGCUCCGCCCCUUCUUGCUGCGCAGGUUGAAGAAGGAAGUGGAGGCACAGCUUCCAGAGAAGGUGGAGUACGUGAUCAAGUGUGACAUGUCGUCUCUCCAGCGAGUGCUCUAUAGACACAUGCAGGCCAAGGGCGUUCUGCUGACCGAUGGCUCUGAGAAAGACAAGAAGGGCAAAGGAGGCACCAAGACACUGAUGAACACCAUCAUGCAGUUGAGGAAGAUCUGUAACCAUCCGUAUAUGUUUCAGCAGAUCGAGGAAUCUUUCUCUGAACAUUUGGGUUUCUCUGGGGGAAUAGUCCAAGGCCCUGACUUGUAUCGAGCCUCAGGAAAAUUCGAGGUGUUGGAUCGGAUCCUCCCGAAACUGCGAGCGACAAACCAUAAAGUGCUGCUCUUCUGUCAGAUGACUUCACUCAUGACCAUCAUGGAGGACUACUUUGCCUAUCGCAGCUUCAAGUAUCUGCGUCUGGAUGGCACCACAAAAGCCGAAGACAGAGGAAUGUUGCUGAAGACCUUCAACGACGCCGAGUCCGAAUAUUUCAUCUUCCUCCUGAGCACUCGAGCGGGAGGCCUCGGCCUCAACCUGCAGUCCGCCGACACCGUCAUCAUCUUUGACUCGGACUGGAACCCGCACCAGGACCUUCAGGCCCAGGACAGAGCUCACCGCAUAGGCCAACAAAACGAGGUGCGCGUGCUGCGCCUGUGCACAGUCAACAGCGUGGAGGAGAAGAUUUUGGCCGCCGCCAAAUACAAACUGAACGUCGACCAAAAGGUGAUCCAGGCCGGCAUGUUCGACCAGAAGUCAUCCAGCCACGAGCGCAGGGCCUUCCUGCAGGCCAUCCUAGAGCACGAGGAGCAAGACGAGGUCUGGGGACAAGACGUGUGCCUACGGAUCAAUGAGGAGGACGAGGUCCCUGACGACGAGACGGUCAACCAGAUGAUCGCCAGGAGCGAGGAGGAGUUUGAUCAGUUCAUGAGGAUGGACCUGGACCGCCGGCGCGAAGAGGCCCGCAACCCGCGUCGCAAGCCUCGCCUGAUGGAGGAGGACGAGCUGCCGACCUGGAUCAUGAAGGACGACGCCGAGGUGGAGCGGCUCACCUGCGAGGAGGAGGAGGAGAAAAUGUUCGGGCGAGGCUCUCGUCAGCGGAAAGAGGUGGAUUACAGCGAUUCGCUGACCGAGAAACAGUGGCUCAAGCAGGCCAUCGAAGAGGGCACCCUGGAGGAGGUUGAGGAGGAGGUGCGUACCAAGAAGACCACUCGGAAGAGGAAGCGGGAUAGGGACCUGGACCUCCCUGUGCCCUCGUGCUCCUCGGGAGGAAGAGGACGAGGAGACAAAGACGACGAUGCCAAAAGGCAGCGAAAAAGGGGGAGACCACCUGUUGAGAAGAUAUCCCCCAAUCCUCCCGCCCUGACCAAGAAGAUGAAGAAGAUCAUCGAUGCCGUCAUCAGAUACAAAGACGGCACGAGCGGACGUCAGCUCAGCGAGGUGUUCAUCCAGCUGCCGUCUCGCAAAGAGCUGCCUGAAUACUACGAGUUGAUCCGCAGGCCAGUGGACUUCCGGAAGAUCAAGGAGAGGAUUCGAGGUCAUCGCUACCGCAGUCUUGGCGACCUGGAAAGAGAUGUCAUGCUGCUUUUCCAGAACGCUCAAACCUUCAACCUGGAAGGAUCCCUGAUAUACGAGGAUUCCAUCGUGCUGCAGUCGGUCUUCACCAGUCUGAGGCAGAAGAUCGAGAAGGAGGAGGAGAGCGAGGGCGAGGAGAGCGACGAAGAGGACGAUGAGCAGGACGACGGAUCCGAGUCGGAAUCCCGUUCCGUCAAGGUCAAGAUCCGUCUGGGCAAGAAGGAGCGAGGCGGAGAUCGAGGAAAGGGACGCAGCAGACGAUCGGGACGCACUAGAGCCAAACCUGUCGUUAGUGACGAUGACUCUGAUGAAGAACAAGAGGAGGAGCACUCCCUCAGUGCAACUGAUGAAGAAUCCUGAAGCGAGAGGUGUAGCAUGAAGGGAUAUUCCGCCUGCUCACACACGUCCAGUACAUCAGUACGCAAAACCUCCAUCCACUUGUUCACGUAAAGGAGAUAAAACUGAAGGGUUUGCAAUAAUGCAAAUGCACAUGUUCAGUCAAGGUCUUCAUUAUGUGUGUCCCUAAUCUUAACCUGGUUUUAAAUUUUUUUGCGUUUUAUUCCAGUUCAGUAAUGACAUUUGUAUCCGCUGGUGAUGGGACUCAAUUAAAAAUGCAAAGGAGAGGCUUUUUAAUAACUGUAAUUAAUGGAGCAAAAUGUCAUUUUAAUGGCAUACAAAUAUUUGACAAAGAAAGUUAUACUUUUACGGUUCAAAAUACAUUUUGGUUGCCCAAUUUCUCCUCUUUUCACCCGUUAUCGAGACAAGUCUUGCUCGCCUGAUUUAAGCGGUUGACGCUAAACAUGAUCUCCGGCGACUAUUCUCACUGCAGUGUUUUACAUUUAGGGAUAAGCAAAAUCUUACUUUUGCACAAUUUUCACAUAACCAGAAACUUGCCCAUAUUUCCAUUGAGCACUUUUUUCAAAUUAAUCGUUGCGUCAUGUUUAGUUAUGCUUGAUAAUAUAGAAUGGAAAAUUGCAUUUCAAUUCUUUUUUAAUUUGCUGUCCUUAAUUCAUUAAAAUGAGCACAUUAAACCAAGUAUUUGCAGUUGUGAAAUCACAAUUUGGGAAGCCUUCAAAUUAAUUGUGUUUUUCUGUAUGAUGAUCAAUUUAUGCCAUUUAUUUAUUCUACAUAAUUAUCAAAUGAUAAUUACCACUUCACUUACCCGAAUGUUUACGAAAACAGCGAGGAGUCGAACUCUUCCGCUUCGCUUUGAACUUGCCAAAUAGUGAGACUAGACUUAUUUUGAAAAUACGGUUUGUUUUGUUUUCACACAGUCUGCUGAUCUCAAACGUACAUUGGUGUUCAUAAUGGUGUACUACUUUUAUAUGGUUGAAUGUUUUCAUUUCGUAGUAUUUCAUUUUUUUAACGUGCAAUGUAAAAAAAGGUUCUGAUUGAGAUUAACAACCACUUUUAAAAAGAGUGACCCUUUCCAAAAAGCAUCUUUCACACAAAAGAACAAGUGAUGGAAAGGACAACACAAUGCAACAUCCAACGAAACGUUUUAUUUUUUUUAAUCAUCAGUGUUGAUUAGACUCAUAGGGAAGAAUCUAGUGGAUAUUUACUAUAUUUACAUACAACUUCACUCACACACAGUUAGGGCUCUGUUAAGGGGGAAGAUGUGCCUACAUUAAAAAAAAGUAGCUUAUCUGCCCAAUGGAGUUCAGAGAACAUCUAAAUCCUGUUUAAAAAAAAAACUGAAUGUAUCCAGAAAUGUUUUCAAACUGCCAAAAAGCAAGCGCCUUCCUCACCGAGUGGACAUGACUGAACGUGGGUCAAAAGAGUCAGACAUUCAAAAAGCAAUGUUUGUGUACACUUGGUGCGUUUGGGUUGGAUGUUGAGACUGAAACACUUUUCAGAACAUGUGAGGUGACAAUGCUGAUGUGACUGACGGUUCACAGAAGUUGAGCUUCACGUAUGUAUACGUUUGCAUCAAAACAGCCUGGAUGCUGCUGCUUGCGCGUCUCGUAGCACUUCAAACUUAUUUGAGCACAUGGAGGUUUUGAUCCAGCCAAUAUGUACUGUAUCUUUAAUUGCUUCCUAAUGUUUUCUGUAUGUGGUGACUUAAGGUUGGCAAAACCUUUAGUGUACAUUUCCUGUUAGUUUUUCUUUCUCUUCAUUUUAAGACAAAGGACCAGAGGGACGUUGGCUCCUCUCUGCUUGUGAACGCCCCACGGCCUGACAGUGUUGGAUAUUUCUGUAUAUGUAGGCUUACAAUAUGUUUUGGUGACUCUCUUAUAGGACUGUACUUUUAUUAUUCUUGGUAGAUAGUUCAACAUGCAACCAAAGCAUCAACAUUUCUGUCUGUGCUGUGUUGUGUCAUUGUCACUGGAGAGACCAUUGUAACAAUAAAUUAAGUGUCAAUGUG